AUGGUAAACUUACUAAAGUCUCUUCAAUCGAGAUUGAUAUACCCUGCUCCUUCCAACACAAACCAUUUUGACGAGGAUGAUGACGGCGAAGAGCUGUUUCCUACUAUCACCUCUUCGGCUGCUAUGACUCCAGUCAACCAUUCUCAGACUGGUGAGUACUUCCCUAAUUAUCCCAGAAAGAGCGAUAGCAGUACUGGAAGCAGCAAUAAUGACAGUGGUCAUGGACUAGGAAUCAAUUCUGAAAAGGCCCGGUUAAGUUCUCUGUCUGACAACCUGUCAGCAUCAGCAUCGUCUUCGGCUGGUAGUAGUCCUACCAUGACCUCAUCACCCACCCACUCGUCAUCAUCUACAAACCUCAAACUACUACUAGAAAAACAUCGUAGCCGAAAACAAAACCAACCCCGAUCACACACAAUUCGUUUUAUCUACAAACUAUCGCACAAGAUCCGGUACUUGUCAGCCAUUCGCAUUCGCAUAAAGCAUAACGUAUCUGUGCCCUUGGUGGUGUUUCUAUUACCGAUCCUUUCGGUGCUAAUAUUUUUCUUGAUUUUUUUCCUGACACGCAUUUUGCAUGAUAAUAAUUCCAACAACAAUAAUAAUAAUGGCGGUUUCUUCUCCAAGUCGCCUCCAAAACUGAGAGAAAUCAGUGAUCAGUACGAUAAGCCAUUUGUAGUGGGUUGUCUUGAACCACAAGUAGACCAACCAAGAGCGAAUGCCGUUUUGGUUGUACUAGCAAGAAACUCGGAGAUUGAGGGUGUUAGUCAGAGUAUGAUAUCGCUCGAGCGACAUUUCAACAGAUGGUUCAACUAUCCAUAUGUAUUUUUAAAUGACGAGCCAUUCAACUCGACUUUUAGAGAAGCGGUUCGCAAUAUUACCAAAUCCAAAGUCCAAUUCGGUACCAUUGAUCCUGUGGACUGGAAUUUCCCAGAAUGGGCCGAACCUGAAGAUAUCAAAGAAGGUAUUGCCAAACAGGGCGAUGCUGCUAUUAUGUAUGGUGGCAUGGAGUCGUAUCAUCACAUGUGUAGAUUUUACAGUGGAAAGUUCUAUAACCACCCACUGCUAGCAUCUUACGAAUGGUACUGGCGUGUCGAGCCCGAAGUCAAGUACUUCUGUGACAUCACAUAUGACCCAUUUCUUCACAUGGCGAAAAACAAUAAAGUAUACGGGUUCACUAUUAUUAUCAAGGAACUCGUCGAGACAGUGCCCAACCUAUUCCGACACACUUAUGGAUUCAAACAGAACUACGGACUUAAUACCACUGGAUUGUGGGAUUUGUUUUUGACGAAACCUGAAGAUUCCGAUCCCGAUUUCAAAGACGCUAAUAAAGACUCUGGAUCAGUACGAAAACGUAAGAAGCAACAAAAGAAGGACAAAGCCAAAGCUAAAGCAGAAGAAAAUGCUGCUCUUAGCGAUAUUCUGCCCGAAGAAGCCAUGCUUCUGGAACAAGGCAAAGAAAAGGGAAUCCAACAGACAUUGCAAGAAGAAGAGAAACUCGACCCCUACUCCAUGAACGGAGAAAAGUAUAACAUGUGUCAUUUCUGGUCCAAUUUCGAGAUUGCUCGUCUGGACUUCUUCCGAUCAAAACAGUACAACGACUACUUUGAGACUCUCGACCGGUCUGGCGGGUUCUGGAACGAACGUUGGGGAGAUGCUCCUGUUCACUCACUGGCUGCUGGUUUAUUCCUGGAGCCCGAACAAAUCCACUACUUCCGUGACAUUGGCUAUCGACACACCACCAUCCAACACUGUCCAGCCAACGCUCCACAACGCCAGCGACCACACAUCCCAUAUAUACCGGAUCCCACCAACAAAGAGCAAAUAGAGGAGGACCGGUACUGGGCCAAUCCAGACCCAGAGGUCCUCAACGGCGUUGGCUGUCGCUGCCGCUGUGACACCGACAUCGUCGACGUCGAGGGCAAAGACGGCUCCUGUCUCGCUGACUGGGUCGACCUCACCGGCGGCUGGGUCUAA